AUGUUAUUUCUCUGGUCGAGGGAGCCAGCUCCAAGUCCAAAGGCGGGUCCCUGGUUCGCGUGGUUCGCCACAGCGUUGGUUCUCUGGCGUUGUAGACGAAGCGUCACCAAAGCGAUUCUGGCGGUCUCCCCGUUAAGGCUGCUGAAGAAGCGCAACAUACUACCGCUGACCAACUCGAAGGGAUCAUCGACGGUGACGUUGUCGAAGCAGCACCAGCAACGACUGAGACUGGAGAAUCCUAUUCUCCAACGCAAGCACAAACACGGGAUCAGGAGGGUGAAGCGAUUCUGCACCGGUGACGGGCCCCAUGUUACCAGCUCGACGUCCGUCAUCCAGACACCCCAGGUUCACUACAGAGUGACGAGAAGCGGAAAAGUUUACGGGCAAUAUUCACACAAGGCCGCCACGCUGGUGAACAGCAUCUAG